AGCAGGGGGUGAGAGUCCCCUCUGUGCACCUCCAGCCUGGACAGUGAGGGAAGGUCUUGUCUGUCCCCUGUAGAAGCAGUGAAUGGCACUGUGCGUUGCUGCAAGUGAUGGGGUGCAGAGCAGGGAUUUAAGCAGCUGGAGGUGGUUUCCUGCAUUGUCAUUGUUGAGGGGAAAUGCUCUAAAAGGACAGGUGUGGUCUAACCUGCCAUGCCGUGAUGCCAAGCCAUAGGGCUGCCUCCUGACCCCGCUGCCUCUCCAGUGCUCUGGGUGAUGCUGAACUCUCUAGGUGGGAUCUGUGGGUCUGCAGUGUUUGUACAGGGAGGGAAACAUCUUGUUUGCCGCCCUCAGCUUGCGCGUAUCACAUAAAUGAGAAGCUUGUGGCUUUGCCCUUGUCCCCCAUGCUGAGUGAGGCAGGGAUGGGAGAAGGGACAAUUUGGGGUCCUUGAGGAUAUGCAGCAGUAAGGAUGUCAAGGUGCUGUUCUCACUGCGUUGAUGGGGUUGGCCCAGCUGUGACGGAUGUGGGAGGGCUGGAGGGAGGCCCUAGGGAGGGCUGGUCUCCCAGCUCAGGAUUGCUGCCGGCUUCCCCUCCCUCCACUUCCGUGCCCAAGCUGCUGGCUGGUCUGCCUGCCAGUGAGACAGCAGCCCCAAGAUGGCUCUUCGGUGCUGCUGGGGCUGAAGACCCUCCUGCCUACCUCAUGCUGUGCUGCCAUCCAGGUCUGAUGCAGUCCCUUCUGUGCUCUGACACAAGGGUUUCAGGAUCUGUUCCCUCCCCUGGGCUCUGGCUAGCCCAGCUCCGGGUAUGAGGGGCCCUCCUGCUCUGACAUCACGUGCUGCAGGAUGGUUUAGGCGGCUCCUGCAGAAGCCCAAGCAGAGCUCCAUCCACACAUCGAGCAGCUCUCAUAGCAUGACCAGCCACUCACUGGCGUCCUCACCCUCCUCCUUCUCCUCCUCCUCCUCCUCCUCUGCUUGGAGCUCCAGCUCCUCCAGCAGCACCAGCACAGCUCGGCCUGGCCGCCCAGCCCCGGUGGACAUCAGCAGCUCAAGCAGCGCGCGCUGGGCGAAGAGCUACGAUGUGUGCAUCUGCCACAGUGAGGUGGACCUGGAGUUUGUGGAGGAGCUGGUGUCCUACCUGGAGAGCCAACCCCAGAGCCUGCGCUGUUUCCUGCAGCUGCGGGACAGCGUGGCAGGCAGUGCUGUCGUGACAGAGCUGUGUGAGGCUGUGCAGAACAGCCACUGCUGGGUGAUGCUCAUCACCCCCAGCUUCCUGCAGGACCCCUGGUGCAGGUACCAGAUGCAUCAGGCAUUAGCAGAGGCCCCGAUGGCCAACGGGCGUACCAUCCCUGUGCUGAAGGACAUUGACAGGAAAGAUUACCCCAGGGAGCUGAGGAACCUCUACUACAUCUACACGGCCCUCAAGGAGAACAGCUUCAGGCAGAUCAGGGACACUGUGCUGCGCUAUCUGGAAGAGCUGUGCCGGAACUCCACGAGUGGAAUGGAGUAGUGCCCACCGAGGGCACUUGUGUCUGAGCAAAGCUGGAGGCAUUUCUGUGGGCAUUUCAGAACACUGGGACAAAGUGGUGCUACUGGGGCCGAAGCCGAAGACCCUUCACGUCACUGCUGAGCUGCCAUCAUGCCUGCCCAGCUCCACUGUGCUGAGGGUUGGGGCUCUCUGGGGACAAGGCUGGGGACUGCAUCGCUCGAGCGCGUCAUGCAAACACUAAAUUUCCACAGGGCAAAGCACGGGGGGGCUCUGCAGCGACUUCUGAGGAUGAGGGCACUCAGGGUGCCUGGAUCCUCCUGUGCAAGCUGAUGCCACGAGGAGCUUGCAGCUGGAGCACGUUUGUUCUGUGGGGGCAUCGUGUUGCACACUGUAUGAGGAGAAAUGCACAAGUCUGAUUUUUAA